AUUCCAGUCGCUUUCUGACUUCACUGCAGUGCAUUACGCAGAGCACAAGUCCUGCAUCGUAUCCAGCAGAGACAGAUAGGGCUUCUCUCGGUUCCAGGCAGUGGACCAUGAAGAUGUCAAUUUUAUUUUCACUUUGCAUCUUUGCUUUCCCUGGCUUUUCCCAGGGCAGGGUUGUUGGAGUGGAUGAAGCUGGCUUUGCCGAAUGCAAUGAGUUCUUUUAUGGAGAAACCCCACCAGAAGGAUUUACGGAGUCUUUCCAUGUGAAAAUCUGUCAGCAGUACAACAAAGAGCCACGCUUUGCAACGCUCUACAGCACGGAGGACAAGACCCCUCUUUAUUCUGCUUUUAAAUACAGAAAAGCAGCUCAGAGAGGGGAGGAGAGCUGGCUGGUUGAACCGCAGAUAGAUGAUCCUGGAAAUGACUUGGAGGAAAUGGUGCAUGAAGCUGUUGCUGUUGGCUCAGUGAACAACCUUGGAGCAAACCAAGCCCUGACCACAGACUAUGUGGACUCUGGUUAUGAGAGAGGGCAGCUAAACCCCAGCUCCCUCAAUGAAGAUGAUUUCCAGCUAGCCACAUACACCCUUACUAAUGCUGUCCCUAUGACUCCCUCUCUCAGUAAAAGCUGGCACAAGGAUGUCGAGGAUAUAGUAGAGCAAGCUUUGGCCCCACAUUGCGAAAAUGGGGCUCACCUGUAUCUUGUUGCAGGUGCUGUUCCGUCCAGCCUCAAAGUUAAAGACAAGGUGUCCAUACCAGAGUUUCUCUGGCUGGCAGCUUGCUGUGAUGCUCCGAAGGUAUGGUCUGUGGGCUUUCUGAAACGUUCGAGUGGUGAAAACAGUAUAGAAGACCUGUCUGUGGAAGAGCUGGAGAAGCAGCUUCCUUCAGGAGCUCACUUGUUUAAGAGCAAUUGUGGGGGAGGCAGCCAAAGCCAGGAGAAAAUGGAAGCCAUAUUGCAAACCAUAAACCAGAUCCAGUCUGAAGCGCCCAUAGUACAAACCACAGCCGGGAGAGUCGACUGGCACAUGAAUUACCAGAGAGGCCAGGAGAAGCAUGGAGAGGGUAGCCUGCUGAAAAGAGUAGCUGGCAUCGUUGCAGCCCCUUUCACCAAGCUGCUGAGACUCGUUGGCUAUGUGUUGGUGGAGAUGGUGAGAUACAUGUGUUAUUUCCUGUGGUAUGUCGUCAAGCAGCUCAGCAACACUGCAAUGGGCAGACUCUACAGCUUAUGGAAUGGAGUGAUGUCCUAUGGCAAAGAAAUCAGCACAGUGCUGGUGAACAUCCCCAGGGAUGUGGCCAAGGUUGCAGCAAACAUCGUCAUGGGCUUUGUCCAGAUCUUCCAGAACACCCUGAGCCUCAUCUAUAGGAUUCUCAGCGUCCCCAUUGGACUCUUCCUUCAUAUCAUGGUUUUCCCCUUAGACACUGUCUGUGCCAUUCCCAUCGUCCUCAAAGACAUAGCCGCUGGAGUUGGUGGCACUUGCUCUCUCAUUGUCGAUGCCACAGCUGCCGUGAUAUCUGGUUUUUAUUACAUAGCUACUCACCUAGGCAAAAAGUUUGUCCCUAAGCUCUCUUCUGGUGACUGAUAGGGAUGGAAAACAGAACUGCACAGACACAUAGUGAAAGAAAAGUGGGGCAAUAUGUUCUGAUAUGUGACCAGUGCUGACAGUUCUUGUUGGUAUUCAUUGCAGUGACAUUAAUAACACCAAAUCAAUCUGGUGGUCACAUGGAGGACCUAUGGCACUUCAAAAGGGAAUUCCAUUACAAAUCGACUUCCACUUAUUGUAAAGUGUUCAGGGUUUCAACCGGGGUGACAAGCUGUCUGUGGAUUUCAAGGCCAAUGUCAAGCUGCUUCUGCUCUGAGA